CUUUGAGAUCACACAACCUAUGCGAGAACUACUAAUACUAUUAAUAAUCCGGCUGAGCACGUCUACCUCGCAAGUGACCACCCCAACACAAGGACAAUGUCAGGCAGUUUGUCUGCGGGAGUUCGCCACCUUAAAGGAGUUUAUCGCACUAGAUGGAAGUGCAUAUCGAGAGCCUGACGUCGUCAACAACAGCGAUUUUGCAUUGUGUAAACUUGGUUGCGGAUCUCCCGGAUUCACCGAGUUGAAACUGGAACCGUUCAAAAGAGGGCAAGCAAUCUACGCCACCAUCAUCAAUCAGAACGGAGCGAGCGUGCCCAACCCGAGCAAGUCCCCAAUCCAGAAUGUCUCAUUACUGUGCGCUGAUAGUGCCGAAAAUAAUGGGAGCGCCUUUUGGAAGGUGGCCCUCGACGUUCGAAACGAAAGCGACAGCGGAAUGCUGGCCCACUGGGUCGAAGCCGUGCGCAGGGUUAAUAAUGACGUGUCUAGUGAUACGGUCGUUUUUAGUACGUGGACGUACUCGUCCUAUGUCGACUUUUAUGGAGCGGUGGACGUUUCAAAUGCAUCUGUACAGUUUCGAGCAACUUCUUUCAAUGGAAGCGGUCUUUUGGGCCACGUCUCCAGCUCGGAUUGGUACGGUGAGGGACAGCUGGCUGGAGGGAACUACAUCCAAAUGAGUGUUACAGAGGAGUUGUGGAAAGAUGAACUCGCAGCAGCACGCCUAGCAUUCAAAACAACGAGAAUAUCAUCCUGUUCGUUAGUGCUUUCGUUCAAUUCACACAUGGGUGUUGAACAGCGCAUGGAAUUAGUUAUGGAUCGCUCUCGAGGAUAUCUUUUGGAUCGACUUGCGUUUGACCAUCCGUACACAGUACGGCUAUGGCAUAUUGGAGCUAUUACCACUGCUUACACUGCCUUUGAAUUUCGUACACCUCAAUGUCUCAAGCUUGUGAACGACCCAGCAUUAUGUGCACCACCCCCUGUGAGCGAUAUAUCAUGGAGCUGGAAUUCCACCGAAAAUGAGGGAAAUCGCAUAGUUCUUUCAUGGAUGUACGGAUCACCCACACAGAUGGUUGAGGAUGGUUCUCGAGUGGAACGUCGCGACUCCAUCCAGCCAAUUGUGACCGCAUUUCCAAGAAUGGUACACUUCGACAUAGCUGUAAAUCCACUGGUUACUGCAUCACAAUAUCAGUGCCAAUUUUUAGAUGGACAAAGACGUGUUGUAACAUGGACCCACCGCUCCGUGGUAUUGUAUGUCCCAAACGAAGAGUGCAAUUACGGCAUAGAAAUUACCGUAGUUGACUCGCGCAAUCGUCGUAGCACGACGACGAAAACUCAGGUUAUUCGCUACGAGGAAAAAUACCAAAUGCUGCUAUCCGGCGAUGGUUGGAACACUGGAGUUAUCGUGCUGUCCUUGGUCGUGCUAGCGUCAUUCUUAUCGGUGUCGGCAGCUUUGGUGGCAUGUCGUGUUCGUGACAGAAGAGAAUGGAACACGAUCAAAAGAAGUAUCAGUCCACCGUCACCAGGAUUGACGAUAACGAGAACAACAUCAGCUUCAGCUGUUGGACUGGCGAAUAAAUACGUUAUGAACGAGCGCUGUCCUAUGCGAACGGUGAAUAUGGUUCGGCUUUCAUUCUCAGAGAAUAGUGAGAGAGGAGCAAAUUCUGCGCCAAUUAUUAAAAAUAAUUCUACUGGAACCGCCGAGACCGAUGAUGGUUCGAAGGAUGCUAGCACUCCAACAACUGAUGAAGCUGAUUAUGAUACUAUUGGGACUCCUAGAUUAACGCAUAAUCCCUGCCAAUCCGGCACUUGCUCAGGAAGAUGCUUGCCAGCGUCGAUUAUAACGGCAGUAUCGAAUAUAAAGCCUAGUACUUUGAUAGUCCCUCACGACUACCUAGUAGUCAGCCGACGACUUUCACGACCUCCCUUUUCACUCUGGACCACUAAACAUGUGGUGUGGCCAGCCACAGAGCAGACGUUUGCCAUCAAGUAUUCCCAACAAGGGAUCGGCCACUUGCGGAGGGAGUUCAAGGUGCUCAACCAUAUGUCCGUUAAUCACAAAAAUCUAGUGCGAUGGCUAGGUGUUGGAGUUUGCAGCGGACAGGUGCUGUCUCUACUAUUCGAGCCAUGCAGUGGUAGCACAUUGGCCGGCUUUUUGGAUGAUGUCAGGAAAAACCUUCUUAAUAGAGCUGCAAGCGAUGUACCAACUAAUGAUUAUAAGAUCCAUAAUCUGGCAUAUCACCUUCACAGAUACGCACUCAAUAUUAUCGAAGCACUGGUGUUCCUUCACGAGCAAGGAUGCGUGCACUCGCAUAUUACAGCGGAAAAUGUGUAUCUAGCUGUGGACUACAGUGAUCCGUUGGAUAUUCCAUGCGAUCAAUCUGUGAAGCUCGGAGACUUCUGUUGGGCCAGCGUACCUCGAGUGAAAUGUGGACGAGUUCACUCUCCACAAUCUCUCCUUCCACCAGAGGCAGUAAACAAUGAUGAGGAUUGCAGCACCGCAACGGACAUAUGGCAGUAUGGUUUACUGCUCGCCUCUUUGGUCACGCUGAACUCAGUUCAACCGCUUAUUUGUCUUCCUCCAGAUUUACUUCUCACGGAUAGAAUCAUCAAGAACUAUUACACAUGUCUUUCGAGCGGUGUUCGUCAAGUGGACCCUUAUAUGACGGCGCUAAGGAGCAAAAUUCUUAUGUGUCUGCCGUCAAAUCCCAAAAGUAGAGCCUCGGCGAAGAAGCUUGAGAAAGAAAUUAUAUCCAUAAACUUCGCAGCUCCUGUAUCAGUAGCCGGAACGAGUUCCGUACUAGUCUGAGGGUCAUCAACCCUCAUAUAUCAUUCCAGUCCGUUCUAUCAGAACCAUAACCUCCAAGGUCUCAAGCCGAUCUCGCUGUCAUUCUUUCGUAUAUUUUUUUUCUACUAUAUUUUUGGGCCGAUACUGUAUGAAGUCAGUUUGCAUGCUAUUAAUGAAACCUACUGGUCCAUAAUUACUGUCAAAGAGGAGUAAGAACGCUCUGCACCGCUCAGUUUGUGUUCGUGCCAUUGUUACUUUCCAAUCUCUUCUCUUACAUCUCUUUGUAUAAUAAGUCAUAGUUUUUGAUUAUAGUUUUGUAUAGGGAUAUAUUGGCCACGUGAUUCUUGUCAGUCUCGUUUGUCAUUCACAUCUCAGAAUUCCCAGUGUUCACAGAGUUUCCCAUUGUUUUAUGUUAUCGGGUCACGUGCUGUAUAUUCAGCUUACGAGUGUUUGCUCUUGUCUUUGAUUUUUAUCAAGCAGUUGUCUUUGUUGCAUCCACUCGUUUUGUGUAUGUAAUAAAAUUUCCAGU